UAUUGUUUAAUAAUUCUGUUGGCCUUGUUUGUUCUUUCGAGGCUUGCUUGCUGGGGCCUGGCGCCUGUGGCGUCUGUCAGGGGUUAAGCUUAUCAGGGACUGGUAUUCGUCAAGGACUGACAUGCCAAACAAAGGAGGUGAUAACAGGCAGAACUUGUUAGGACUUGUUAAAAACCGCUGAAAUCACCAAGUAAGAAGAGAGCAUGCGUAAAUGACUAAAGUUCAUUUAGAGGACAGAAGAAGAAGAGGAAGAUAAGACCCCUGAAGAAGUAAAUGACCACCAGAGACAGAUCUGAGCCUGUGCAAGAUGACAUAAACGUUUUAGAACUGCUGACACAAGCUUUUGAACUAACCCUGCCCCAACUUAUACAUAUGUAUAUUUUAUAUUGUGUAACCCUAUGAAUAUGUAUGCUUUGGUGUAAUAAAUAUCUGGCUGCUUGCUGAGACGGUGUGCAAGCUUUGAGGAGAAAUCCCUUGCACCCGGCGCUGAAAUAAACAUACCUGCUUUAUAACUCACUCUCCGAGUUGUAAAGUUUGAUCCGCGUGUCACCAGCAGGGGCCCCGGUGGGUCGGGGAGGCGGCUGCCGCCCCCUGGAUGGUGCUAACCGGGCGUUUACCCCUCAGGCCCUGCCAGUCGCCGUGCUGUGGGCCCGGAGGAUGCUGCUCUGCGCUCUGCUGAGGGCCGCGGCCUCACUGUGCGGCUGCGCUGCCGGGGCGCUCCCCUCCGCCACCGUGCCCGGGAGGUGGCUGGUGCCCCCGUGGCCACAGCAGGCUGGCGGUAUGGCCACCCUGAACCAGAUGCACCGUCAGGGCCGGCCCAAGCCGCCCCCUCCCAAGCUGGGGGCAGCCGAAGGUUGCCCCCAGAUCAAGGGGGUGGUGAUCAAGAACCUGAUUCGGAAGCCCAAGAAGCCCAACUCGGCCAACCGAAAAUGCGCACGGGUGCGGCUGAGCAACGGGAAGGAGGUGGUGUGCUUCAUCCCCAGGGAGGGCCACAGCCUGCAGGAGCACCAUGUCGUGCUGGUGCAGGGCGGCCGCACCCAGGACCUGCCGGUGAAGCUCACUAUCAUGCGGGGCAAGUACGACUGCACCCACGUCCAGAAAAAGAAGUGAGGAGAGGGAGCACGC